UUAUUUUUGUGUUUUGCCGAUAAAAAAUGAAAUUACAUUUUUCCAAUUUCCAAUUUCCAAUUUCACCUUCUUUUCGCUAUGUAUCUUGCUCCAUCCAUGGCGGUCCGAAGCCUUAAACCCAUUUUCAUUCCCAAAACCCCAACGCCAAAACCGAAGUUCUUCUCUUUUUCUUCUUCCGCCUCUCCUCCACUCUCCAAUCAACCCGAACUGGUCUCCACUGUCACUUCCAUCCUCACACACCAUCGCUCCAAAUCCCGGUGGAACACCCUCCUCUCUCUUUACCCUUCCGGCUUCACCCCAUCUCAGUUUUCUCAAAUUGUCCUGCAAAUCAAAAGCAAUGCUCAUCUUGCCUUCCGCUUCUUCCUUUUCACCAAGCAGAAGUCCAUCUGCAAUCACAAUUUCGCCUCCUAUUCAACAAUCAUCCAUGUCCUGUCUCGAGCCCGGCUCAAGACCCGUGCCCGGAAUCUUAUCAAGGAUGCAAUCCUAGCACCAGGUAGUGACUUUCAUGGAACCGAAUUUAAGCACUUGAAACUUUUUGAAUCCUUAGUGAAAACAUACAAUGACUGCGGUUCUGCUCCGUUUGUGUUUGAUUUGUUAGUAAAAUCUUGUUUGGAAAUGAAAAAGAUUGAUGCUUCUAUCGAGAUUGUUAAAUUGUUGAGAUCUAGAGGGAUUAGCCCACAAGUUAGUACAUGUAAUGCUUUGAUCUGGGGGGUUUCGAGGUGUAGGGGAGUGAAUGAGGGAUAUGAAGUUUUCAGGGAGGUUUUUGGAGUGGAUGAUGGUGAGAAAGGAAGAAAUGUGAAAAGGGUAGCGAAAGUUAAGCCUAAUGUUAACACGUUCAAUGCUUUGAUGGUUUGUUUUUAUGGGGAGGGAUUGAUGGAGAAGGUAGAGGAGAUAUGGAAUGAAAUGGAGACUUUAGGUUGUGUUGCAAAUGCUUAUAGCUAUAGUGUUCUGAUGCAAGUGUUUUGCGAUGAAGGAAAGGUGAGAGAAGCAGAGAAGUUAUGGAAAGAAAUGAGAGUCAAGAAAUUGGAGCCUGAUAUAGUGGCUUAUAACACAAUGAUUGGCGGUUUAUGCAAAAUUGGGCUGGUUAUGAGGGCUGAAGAGUUCUAUAGAGAAAUGGGAUUGCGAGGGAUAGAGACUACUUGUGCCACUUAUGGGCAUCUUAUCAGUGGGUAUUGUAAGGUUGCUGAUGUCGAUUCAGCAAUAAUGGUGUACAAAGAUAUGUGUAGGAAAGGUUAUAGGCCAGGGGCUGCGACAGUUGAGGUGUUGGUUGGUAGACUAUGUGAUAUAAGAAGGGUACUUGAAGCUUUGGAGAUAAUGAGAGUAGCAGUGGGGAAACAUGAUGUCUGUCCCACAGAGAAGAGUUAUGAGUUCUUGAUAAAGGGUUUGUGUGAGGAGGAAAGAAUGGAAGAAGCCUUAAAGCUUCAAGCUGAGAUGGUAGCAAAAGGUUUUAAACCAAAUAUGAAAAUUUAUGGUGCUUUCAUUGAUGGAUAUUUGAGACAAGGAAACGAUGAAAUGAUAGCGAUGUUAAGAAGGGAAAUGUUAGAAACUCAAAAUGGUCAGGAAGAAGAUUAGAUUUCCAUUAUUGAGCAGUGAAUGCCAAGUGCCAAGUGCCAAGUGCCAAGUGCCAAGUGCCAGGUGCCAGGUGCCAGGUGCCAAGUGCUGUGACUUGUUUUGCAAACUGGCCAUAAACAUGAACUGUUUUUGGUGCAUAUCUAUUGAUAAGGGGAAGGAUAGAAUAAAUUAAGCAAAAAGGGGAAACCAUGGACAGGCAAGAGGACCUUACCUUGGUUUUAAUCAUUUUCGUGAUGUAUCAUGCCAUGUUGUAAUUUGCCAAUAUGACUUGUGCCUGUAUUUUAUUGGAUUUUCUGAAGAAAGUCCCAACAUGGAAACAAAACCUUAUGAAAGAA